AUGAAUCAAACACUUGGAGUCAGUGAUGUAGCUUCCGUCAAUAUAAUUGAUAAACAAACCAAAGAACAUAAUAGUAGUUCUUAUAUUCGUGAGCCAAAUUUGACAAAACAGCCCACUAAUAUUGUUCACAAUUCUGUUCACGAUGAAAACAAUCAGAAUGAAAAACUCAAGCAAUCAAGAAACAAUUCUGUUCCCACUAAACUGCCAAGUGAUACAAAUUUAGUUGAUGAUCACAAACGUACUAACACUGCAACUGGUAAAAUCACCUCAACUGGUGAUGCAUUUUUGACAAAUGAUGUACUAGUGAGUUUGUUGUCCCUUGGUGAUACACAAUCUAAUAUCACCGAAUGUUCACUGAUGAAACAUAAAGAUAAAUGUCAGAUGCCAGUGCAAUACCUUUCACAACAAGACAUAUCAUGUGAUACCAAGAGUCAUGCAAGUCGCACAUCUUCUUUAAAGAUAAUGAAGAUACACCAGCCAUAUUGUAUAGAACCAAAGUGUAAUAAUGCUAAGAUGUGUCAGGAAAGUGAAGUACAAAGUGCACCAAAUGGUGACAGAACAGACCAAAAAUACAAAGAAGACUAUACAGACUCAAAACAAAUUGUGCGUCGCCACAGUUUUCUACAUGAUCAUUAUGUUAAGAAGAUAGAACCAAAUUUAGUCCAACGUCGUCAAAGCUUUUUAUAUGACCAUUAUGUUAAUAAGAUUGUGCAAGAAGGAAAGGGAAUAGACAAUGUAUCAUAUGUUAAUGAUAUACAAAACUCGGGAUAUCCAUUGGAUCCGAAAUCUCAAAUGGUACCUUGCCCUCCUGGAACAUCGGAUUAUACAACUACCACUAUUGUAAAAUCAUCGCCUCUAGAACAACAACUCCAACAAAAUGAUGAACAAGAUAAGCUUUACCAGCAGAUUCUGAAGAAUCAGAAGCUACAUCAACUACGACUAUUACUAUGCAAGCAGCAUGUAAUGAAUCAGAAUAAUCAACAGCAAAAACAAGAAAGGGAACAAGAAGAACAAGAAUUGAAACGGCGGCAAGAACGGCAACAACAAUUCAUUGCAAAGCGAAAACGUGAGAGGGCCGAUUAUAGUAGGUACGUUAUGCAUAUGUUUGGAAUCCCGCAUACCAUAUACGAGGAAGAUGAAGAGGGUGAACAACCUUUGCAAAGACAGGCUGUAGAAGAAGAAACUGAAAAUAUGAAGAUUCGACACAAAACACAAAUGUCAAACGGACUUGAUGGUCACACAGACAUCACCAGUGAAGCAACCUCAAAUAGAUCAAAAAGUUCUACGACCUUACAAGAAUAUGCAAAGCCUGUGAAAAGUCAAAGAAGACGUGUUAGAUUCAGGUACAUCAGAAGAGCGUGGUCAGCAGUGAAAAGACGUCUGGGAUUAUAAUAACUGCAUGUACAUCUAUGUGAUAUGAUAUGUUUUGGUAGUUACUAAUAGAAUAAAUAAAAUUCUAAUCAAAA